AUGGUGAAUCGAUUUAUCUACGGUUUCGAGUGCAGUGUUAGCCUCUCGGGUCAUGUACAGGACAAGCAGGUGGCGUUGGAUGUGGAUCGUUGGAAAUACUGCUACACAUGGGUGGUCCUGUUAUUUACUACUUGUGCAGAGAGCCAAGAAAAGAAAGACAUUGUGAGUGAAAACAUAUCAAGGGAUCGUGGAUUUAGGGCACUUUCUGAGGUGGUUGGAACAAUAUGCAUCCUCUUCACUCUAUCCCCCGAACUUGCACCACUUCUGGGGUUACUUAUGCUUAUGGUGUCUGUUUUAGUUGAGAACAUUUUGCUUUCAAGCCCUCAUAGUGAUGCAGUGCUAAAGAUUGCUGAUUUUGGUCUCUCAAGAAUUUUACAUCCUAAUGAUCACGCAGAGACAGUUUGCGGGUCUCCACUGUAUAUGGCCCCAGAAAUUCUGCAAUUUCAGCAAUAUGAUGCCAAGGUUGACAUGUGGAGUGCUGAAUGUCCAGUCGUGUUCAUGUCUUCCAUUUUCCGAGCUCAUCCCUUACGGUAA